GGAAGGGGCGGGGCAGAUUUGUUCUCUCACACACUGGGCGACAGGAUGGGGGAAACGGAUUGUCGGCACCGGAAGUUCCCUGGGAUGAAAAGCCUCUUCACACACACCUCCCUCCGCGGACUUUAAAGACCUCAGGCCUGUGGUUUCUAUGGAGGCCGUUAGCGUCAGCAGCGCUUCUGCUGCAGCCUUUCCGGGGAAGAGACGGUUAGGGUGGGAGAGAGGUCUCCGCUUCACCGUCCGGUCGCGCGGCGGCCCGGCCGGGUGAUGGAACCGAGAGCCAUAAGCAUAUUUUUAAAAAUUACCGGCGGAAGGAUACGUCCACUCUCGCUUCCGCGAGAAAGGGAUUUUUAACUGGGACGCGUCACUUCCGGCGGUUCUAAAGAAGGGGAGGAAGAGGAGAGGGGAAGGGAAGGAGGCGAAAAAAACAACAAAAAACAACAACACCCGCACAGCAACAACCCCGAAAGGGGGAACAAAAACAAGCGGGAGGGGCCUGGGCGGCAGGUGCGGCCAGGGCGCUGCGCACGUCUCUGAGGGGCCUCGCUGCGUGGGGCGGCCGCCGUGACUCCUCGCUGGCCCCCGGGAUGUCUCUCCGCCCCCUGGCCCCUCGCUGAGCCGCUGCUGCUCUCCCUCCCCCCAGCUCCGCUCCACCCUGCCCAGCCCGCUCGCUCUCCGGUCCUUCCUGAGCAGCAGCGUCGACCUCGCCGCCGCCAUGUCGGGGGACGACGACGGCGGCGGCCCUGGCGGGUCUCACUACGUGGCAGAGUUCGUGCCUCCGCCCGAGUGCCCCGUCUUCGAGCCCAGCUGGGAGGAGUUCAGCGACCCUCUCGGCUUCAUCGGCCGCAUCCGGCCCUUGGCCGAGAAAACCGGCAUCUGCAAGAUCAGGCCGCCUAAGGACUGGCAGCCUCCUUUUGCAUGUGAUGUACAAAGUUUUCGUUUUACCCCACGAGUUCAGCGCUUGAAUGAACUGGAGGCAAUGACUAGAGUGAAGCUGGACUUCCUAGAUCAACUGGCAAAAUUCUGGGAACUUCAAGGCUCUACACUCAAAAUCCCAGUGGUGGAGAGAAAAAUCUUGGAUCUCUAUUCCUUGAGCAAGAUUGUUGCCAGCAAAGGAGGCUUUGAAGUGGUCACUAAAGAGAAGAAAUGGUCCAAAGUGGCUAGCCGGCUCGGUUACUUGCCAGGAAAGGCAACAGGCUCCCUACUGAAGUCACACUAUGAACGGAUCUUAUAUCCAUAUGAGCUUUUUCAGUCUGGUGUCAGUCUUAUGGGCAUCCAAAAGCCAAACUUGGACCUUAAGGAAAAAGUGGAGGUUGAGGACCUCGGCAUUGAUGCCCAGUCUCCCCCAAAGCAGGGUUCAAGAAUGAACGUUGUGCUGAAGAGAACCAGACGUGUCAAGUCCCAGGCAGAGGCAGGAGAGAUGAGCAGAAAUACUGAACUGAAGAAGCUCCAGAUCUUUGGAGCAGGACCAAAGAUGAUGGGGUUGGCAUUGGGAGCAAAGGAAAAGGAAGAUGAAGUCCCUCGAAGACGCAAAGGUACAAGAUCAGAGGCAUUUGGCAUGCAGAUGAGGCAGCGGAAAGGGGCACUUUCUGUCAACUUUGUUGACCUGUACGUUUGCUUGUUUUGUGGUCGUGGAAACAAUGAGGACAAACUGCUGCUGUGUGAUGGAUGCGAUGACAGCUACCACACUUUUUGCCUGAUUCCACCUUUGCCUGAUGUGCCCAAAGGUGACUGGAGAUGUCCGAAAUGUGUCGCUGAGGAAUGUAGCAAACCACGUGAGGCCUUUGGAUUUGAACAGGCUGUUCGAGAGUACACCCUCCAGAGCUUUGGAGAGAUGGCUGAUAACUUCAAGUCUGAUUAUUUCAACAUGCCUGUCCAUAUGGUUCCCACUGAGCUGGUGGAGAAGGAGUUCUGGCGACUUGUGAGCAGCAUUGAGGAGGAUGUCAUUGUGGAAUAUGGCGCUGACAUCUCAUCCAAGGACUUUGGAAGUGGCUUCCCUAUUAAGGAUGGCAGGCGAAAGCUAAUGCCGGAAGAAGAGGAGUAUGCCCUUUCCGGUUGGAAUCUCAACAACAUGCCCGUACUGGAACAAUCUGUCCUGGCUCACAUCAAUGCUGACAUCUCUGGCAUGAAGGUGCCCUGGCUUUAUGUGGGGAUGUGCUUUUCCUCAUUCUGCUGGCACAUUGAGGAUCACUGGAGCUAUUCUAUCAACUACCUUCAUUGGGGAGAGCCCAAGACGUGGUAUGGAGUGCCCUCUCAUGCAGCAGAACAACUGGAGGAAGUGAUGCGAGAGCUGGCUCCGGAGCUGUUUGAGACGCAACCUGAUCUUCUGCACCAGCUAGUCACGAUCAUGAACCCCAAUGUGCUUAUGGAGCAUGGUGUGCCUGUGUACCGGACCAAUCAAUGUGCUGGCGAGUUUGUUGUCACUUUCCCACGUGCCUAUCAUUCUGGCUUUAACCAAGGCUACAACUUUGCUGAAGCUGUGAACUUUUGCACUGCUGACUGGCUUCCCAUCGGGCGGCAGUGUGUAAGCCAUUACCGGCGGCUGAGGCGCCACUGUGUGUUCUCCCAUGAGGAGCUCAUCUUCAAGAUGGCCGCAGACCCUGAGUGCUUGGAUGUGGGGCUUGCUGCCAUGGUCUGCAAAGAAAUGACGCUCAUGACAGAAGAGGAGACACGCUUAAGGGAGUCUGUUGUACAGCUGGGGGUUCUGAUGUCUGAGGAGGAAGUGUUUGAGCUGGUUCCAGAUGAUGAACGUCAGUGUGCAGCCUGUAGGACUACAUGUUUCCUGUCUGCUCUUACAUGUUCCUGUAAUCCUGAGCGGCUUGUGUGCUUGUAUCACCCGAGUGAUUUGUGUUCAUGCUCUGUGCAGAAGAAGUGUCUAAGGUAUCGGUAUCCUCUAGAGGACUUCCCCUCCCUGCUGUAUGGAGUGAAAGUCAGAGCUCAGUCCUAUGACACUUGGGUCAGCAGAGUCACAGAGGCGCUAUCUGCUAACCUCAACCACAAGAAAGAUGUGAUUGAGCUGCGGGUGAUGUUGGAGGAUGCAGAAGAUAGGAAGUAUCCUGAGAACGACCUCUUCCGCAAGCUGAGAGAUGCUGUGAAAGAGGCAGAGACAUGUGCAUCAGUAGCCCAGCUGCUGCUGAGCAAAAAACAAAAGCACAGCAGACUGAGUCCUGAUAGUGGGAGGACACGGACGAAGCUGACAGUGGAGGAACUAAAAGCAUUUGUCCAACAGCUGUUUAGCCUUCCCUGUGUCAUCACUCAGGCCCGGCAAGUUAAGAACCUGCUGGAUGAUGUUGAAGAGUUUCAUGAACGUGCUCAGGAGGCCAUGAUGGAUGAGGUCCCAGACUCAUCCAAGCUGCAGAUGUUGAUAGAUAUGGGCACUGGCCUCUAUGUGGAACUUCCUGAACUGCCUCGGCUGAAGCAGGAGCUGCAGCAGGCCCGGUGGCUGGAUGAAGUGCGGGUUACCCUUUCAGAUCCUCAGCGGGUUACCUUGGAUGUGAUGAAGAAGCUGAUCGACUCAGGGGUGGGGUUGGCACCACAUCAUGCAGUGGAGAAGGCCAUGGCUGAAUUGCAGGAACUUCUUACGGUCUCCGAGAGGUGGGAAGAGAAAGCAAAAGUCUGCCUGCAGGCAAGGCCUCGGCAAAGCAUAGCAGCUCUGGAGAGCAUUGUCAAUGAAGCAAAGAGCAUCCCAGCUUAUUUGCCCAAUGUGCUGGCAUUGAGAGAAGCCCUGCAGCGAGCUCGAGACUGGACAGCCAAAGUGGAGGCCAUUCAGAAUGGAAGCAACUAUGCAUAUCUGGAACAACUUGAGAAUCUUUCUGCAAAAGGCCGCCUGAUACCUGUCCGGCUUGAAGCACUGCCACAGGUUGAUUCGCAGGUAGCCGCAGCCCGUGCCUGGAGGGAGCGCACGGGAAGAACGUUCCUUAAGAAGAACUCGAGCUACACACUCCUACAGGUUCUGAGCCCUCGAACUGAUAUUGGCAUUUAUGGGAGCAGUAAGAAUAGGCGAAAAAGAGUCAAGGAGCUGUUGGAGAAAGAGAAAGAGAAGGAUCUUGACCUGGAGUCCUUGAGUGAAUUAGAAGAUGGGCUGGAAGAGACACGGGAUGCUGCAACUGUGGUGGCUCUCUUCAAGGACCGUGAGCAGAAGGAGAUUGAAGCCAUGCAUGCCCUCAGGGAAGCCAACCUGGCAAAGAUGACCAUGGUAGAUCGCAUUGAGGAGAUCAAGUUCUGUAUCUGCCGCAAAACUGCAAGUGGCUUCAUGCUCCAGUGUGAACUUUGCAAAGACUGGUUUCAUAGCACCUGUGUGCCCCUCCCCAAAACCAGCUCCCAAAAGAAGGGCUCCAGCUGGCCUGCCAAAGAAGUCAAGUUCCUCUGUCCACUCUGCAUGCGUUCACGAAGGCCCCGGCUCGAGACCAUCUUAUCUCUGCUGGUGUCCUUGCAAAAGCUGCCAGUGCGUCUGCCUGAGGGUGAAGCCCUGCAGUGCCUGACAGAACGGGCGAUGAGUUGGCAGGACCGAGCACGGCAAGCUUUGGCUACUGACGAACUGUCCUCUGCCUUGGCCAAGCUUUCUGUGCUAAGCCAGCGCAUGGUGGAGCAAGCUGCCCGGGAGAAAACGGAGAAAAUAAUUAGCGCCGAACUCCAGAAGGCAGCAGCCAAUCCUGACCUGCAGGGUCACUUGACUAGUUUCCAACAGUCUGGCUUUAACCGGGCGAUGAGUAGUGUGUCUUCAUCUCCACGACAAACCAUGGACUAUGAUGACGAGGAGACGGAUUCGGAUGAAGACAUCAGGGAAGCAUAUGGUUAUGACAUAAAGGACAAUGCCAGUGUAAAAUCCUCCAGCAGCCUAGAGCCCAAUCUCUUUUGUGAUGAAGAAAUUCCCAUCAAAUCUGAAGAAGUGGUCACGCACAUGUGGACAGCCCCCUCCUUCUGUGCUGAACAUGCGUAUUCAUCGGCUUCCAAAAGCUGCUCUCAAGGUUCCAACACCCCAAGGAAGCAACCCCGUAAGAGCCCCCUCGUACCUCGCAGUUUAGAACCUCCAGUGCUUGAGCUAUCUCCAGGAGCCAAAUCGCAAUUGGAAGACUUAAUGAUGAUAGGAGAUCUCCUAGAGGUAUCUCUUGAUGAGACCCAGCAUAUCUGGCGGAUCCUGCAGGCUACACACCCACCAUCCGAAGACAGAUUUCUCCACAUCAUGGAGGACGACAGCAUGGAUGAGAAGCCAUUAAAGAUGCGAAGCAGAGACUCUUCUGAGAGGAAACGAAAGCGUAAGCUAGAGAAAGCGGAGCAGUUCUUUGGUGAAAUGAAGCAAAAGUCAAAGGAGCUGAAGAAGUUGGAGAAACCCAAGAAGAAGAAGUUAAAGCUGACCAUGGACAAGACAAAGGAACUGAAUAAGCUGGCCAAGAAACUGGCCAAGGAGGAGGAACGGAAGAAGAAGCGUGAGAAGGCAGCUGCCGCAAAGGUGGAGCUGGUGAAAGAAUGUACAGAGAAGAAGCGGGAGAAGAAAGUCUUGGACAUCCCCUCCAAGUAUGACUGGUCAGGAGCUGAGGAGUCUGAUGAUGAAAAUGCAGUGUGUGCUGCACAGAACUGCCAGAGGCCCUGCAAGGACAAGGUAGACUGGGUGCAGUGCGAUGGUGGGUGUGAUGAGUGGUUCCAUCAAGUCUGUGUUGGUGUCUCGCCAGAAAUGGCAGAGAGUGAAGAUUAUAUCUGUAUAAACUGUGCAAAGAAACAGAUGCAGGGGCCAGGUAGUCCAACACACACGCCGCCACCUCACUUCCUGCUGAGCUACAAGCUACCCCUGGAGGACCUCAAGGAGACGAGUUAGCGGCUGCUUGGUCUCGCUGGGACUUGAGGGGAAACGGAACACUAAGAAGGUGGUGUGAAGCUCAUGUAGCCGUUUGGAACGCUCCACUUCCACGGAUGUACGGCCCUGUAGCAGAGCUGGCCACGUGUAGCUGGCUUCCUUUUGUACGAAGGGGAUGUCACUGGCACAGGGGUACUGACCCAGCUAUGCAGAUGCCACCCUGUUGGAAGUCCCAGCCAGUAUUUUUACUCCCAUGUUCCCUAAAAGGCUGAGUAUAGUUACUGCCUUCAGGCUGAGCAGAUGCGAGGCAUGUGAAUUCUGCUUUUCUGCCUCAGCAGUUCAGCUGGAGCAUUUGAGAGUUGGGAAGCCCACGAGUUUGCCCCCUGGCGGCAUGUUGAUAGGGCAGAGAUGAUGAAGGCUCCUUUCAGCCUCUUCCUGUUGAGGCAGUCAAGGCACUGUUAUGUGGAUAAGGAACCUGCUUUUAGCACCGGGCAGGAGGGGGUGGACAAAAAAAUUAGUUCCUGUUUUUUUGUUAGGAGGCAAAGGAGCUUUAGGUCUUGGAAACAACCUUGGUUUUGUUUUACCCUAAUUCCAUUGGGGGCAUCUUCCCCUUCCUGGGGCAGUUCACACAUAAAUUAACAUGGAGCUGAGGUAUGUAACCUUGGCAAGCACUCCUUUCUGCACUGGUGGCCAUUUUCCUCUGUCUUAAGCUUUUAUCAACACCCUGUCACUAAGUUGUCUGAAGCAAGGUGCCGCUGGUAAACUAGCUCUGAGUGCAUGGGAUUAAUGCCCGGGACAGAGAGCAGCUCACGACUCCACACUGACAUGCUUCUGCUCACAGGUAUUCCCAACAUCACCGAGUUGUAGUCUCACGGUUUCACUAAGCAGUCCACAGCUGCCGUUUGCCAGUCCUGCUUCCUUGCCUUUAGGUUUCAGUGGAUGAAGGCCUACACCUGGCUCCCAAUCCGGUUCAACCUCUUGCCCCUUGCUUUGCUGGAAGACAGGCAGCUUGGGAGGGGUGUGUCCCGGAUGACGGUUGUUUUAGUAAACCCAUUUUUAAAAAAGGACUGGUUUUUACUUUUUUCUAUGUCUCGGACUACUGACUUGUUCUACAAAAAUGAAAAGAAAAAAAGAUUAUUUUUCUUUGUUUUUAUACUUAACCACGGUUACCAGCAGCACAGAAAAAAAGAGAGAGGCUCACUAAACAGAAAACCUGCCUGCAGGCUUAGGUUUUGUUUACUUCCUUCCUUCCUUGUAGUACAAGGAAAUUAGCAGUUACUCCCCACAUCCUUGCUCCACCUGCUGCCUGUGUUUUAAAUAGGUAAAAGAAACAUUUCAUGUGCUACCUUCUUGUUUGGGAUUUGUUCUGUUAGCAAGGAGUCUUGGUCCUUGCUGUCUCCCAGUUUAUGCUGGUUUUUCUGUGAGUGGCUAGAAAUAGCCAUUGUGGUGUCUUUCCCUGCCCCCCCCCAUUAUCUAUUGUGUUUCCAUUCUUCUACAGUUCUAGGAGUGUUGUAACUAUAGUGUCCAGUCUUACUAGAUGCAGGGGUUGGGAUUUUCUAAAAGAUAAAAAAAUAUGUAGUGUUC